AUGGCAUUUGUUAGUGGUCUUAUAGAUUUUGAAACUAAAGGUGGCCAUGUUACUUGGAGAAAAAACAUUCAGAAUGGAGUACACAUUAGAAAGAAGCUGGACAGAUGUUUAGCUAAUCCAAAAUGGCUUUUGUUGUUUCCUCAUUCGAUGGAAAAACUCCUGGUUUCGAAUAAUUCAGACCACAACCCAAUCCUUGUUCAUUGCCUGAAAUCUCCCAGCCAACGCAAAGAGGCCUUUCACUUCCAAGCUGCAUGGAUGAAUCACCCAGAUUACCCUCCCCUUAUUGAUCACGUUUGGCGGGGUACCCCUGGCGAUGCCAUUUGCAAAUUAGAUGAGGUGAGGGACCAAUCCAUUCUCUUUAAUAAAACAACCUUUGGAAACAUUUUUAGGAAAAAGCAACAGCUAGAAGCUAGAAUCAGAGGGAUUCAUCGUCAACUGGAUCAUACUGUCACCUCAGACCUUACCCGACAGGAAAGGAUGCUUCAAGAUGAAUAUCAGUAG